AUGGCUACCCAGUCGGCGAUCAUCUGGCCAGCCAAAUUCACCCCAGGCGAGACGGACAACUAUGUGUCCAAUGAGGUCAUCGCCAAGGGGAUCACAGCCGCACAGAUCUGGGCGCUGCUGGACGAUAGCACAAAGUGGGAGUCCUACUACCUGAACUGCGGUCAAAUCACCGUGCCCGAGUCGGGACCCAUGCUCAAGAAAGGCGACAUCUUCAAGUUCGCCACCUUCGGCUUCCCGCCGUUGACCUGCACUGUAGAGGAGUCCGUGACGCCAGGGAGCGGCACAGCGGGAAGGCUUGCGUGGAGCGCUGAUGCGGGGGAUGGGGCUGCCAUCUAUCACGCUUGGCUGGUGGAGGACUUGGAAGGCGGCAGGGUGAGGAUCUCGACGCAGGAGAGCCAAAUUGGGUCGAUUUUCCAGGAGUGGGCAGGAGCAGUGCCAAACAAGAUGCUGCUAGGACACCAAGACUGGUUGGAUGGUUUGGUCAAGACGGUGCGAGGGCAGCAGGUGGAUGAGACGAAUCUGAAGAGCGUCGGGAUCCCUCAGAGGACCUGA